AAGCAGCUAUAAAUAGUGUAGCAGAGUGAAGUACCACACAAUCAUUCUCUUAUUAUCUUCUAAAAUACAUGAUGAUGAAGAAACCAAGCAAUGCUAUGCUUCUUUUUUCUUUUAUGUUUCUUUUCUUAGUUGACAUCAAUGGUUUUAUAACUGAAGCUCCAACUCCACAACCACAACCAAAUAGCAAGCAUCCAACGUAUGGCACCACCCAAGGCAGUCUUCAUCCUCAAGAGUGUGGAGGGCGAUGCAGCAGCAGAUGCUCAAACACGCAAUACAAGAAGCCAUGUUUGUUCUUUUGCCAAAAGUGCUGUGCCACGUGUCUCUGUGUACCUUCUGGAACUUAUGGAAAUAAGGAGACAUGUCCCUGUUACAAUAACUGGAAGACCAAGAGGGGAGGUCCUAAAUGCCCUUAAUUCUUUUUCUACCUGUUUUUCUUUUCUCUUUAUGUUUUUUUUUUGUUGAUGGGGUUAUCUCUUUAUGUUCAUAUAUGUAAUAUUUAUCAAUUCUUUUUUAUGGAAACAUAUACAAACUUAUUGGAGAAAAAAAUCAUAUGCAUUUGAUAAAUAAUCUCAGAAACACCGUUUGACCA